GAAGCUAUUCUGUACUGAAUCAGCAUGGGAUAGAGUGCCUAGAAGACGUUCAGACCAAGCACAGCUAGCGCGUCCCUGCUGGUUCUCCAUUCUGCAUCCGUGCAGCCACGUUCUAUUGAUGGCCUGUUGUGAUUUCAAUGGAACAUCAUGGGAUGUACCUGGCACGUCGGGCAGCACUGGAUGGAGGUGCCUUUAGCCCAAUGUACCUGGCAUGGUGGUAAGGUGAAGGUGAAAGGAAGAGAAGGUGGAGAUGGAACUGCCAAAUCAUGCCAAACAACUGCUACUGCAGCUGAACCAGCAACGAGCCAAAGGUUUCCUCUGUGAUGUGAUCAUUGUGGUAGAAAAUGCCCUGUUUCGUGCCCAUAAGAACAUCCUGGCAGCCAGCAGCAUGUAUUUCAAAUCCCUUGUCCUGCAUGACAACCUGAUUAACUUAGACACGGACAUGGUGAACCCCACUGUGUUCCGGCAGAUCUUGGACUUUAUUUAUACUGGUAAGCUCUUAACGACUGACCAGCCCGGUGAACAGAACUUUAAUGCUCUCCUCACCGCAGCAAGCUACCUCCAACUGCACGACCUGGCAGCUCUCUGCAGAAAGAAGCUGAAGCGGAACGGCAAGUCCUUUGCUGGCAAGGCCAGUGGCCUUGGUGUUGGGAGAUCUGCCAGGAGUCAGAGACUUUCCACUGCUUCGGUCAUCCAAGCUCGCUAUUCAGGGUCAAAUGAGGGGUUGAAGGGCUCACACUCAAAGGAGCUGUCAAAGGGAAAGCUCUCCGAUGACGAGGUCUUCAUCAGCAGCUCCAACCAAGAGAACUGUCACUCCUUAAGCAGGGGAGCCAGUAAGAACGGCGGUGGGGGCAGCAGUGCGAAUGGGAGCACUGGUGACCAGGAGCUAGGCCUCGACCUGUCCAAAAAAAGCCCGUCGCUCCCUGUUGCAGCCUCCCACGAUGACACGCAGCACAGCGAAAGCCAGCAUGGCUCUCCCCAAUCUGCCUCAGCCCCCGCAGCCAACAGUGCCUCAUCGUUCGACGAGUCUGGAGUCGGAGCCCCUCACAGCAUGGCGGACAGCAGCGACCCCAUGGAGAUGGAUCUGAGCGAAGAGUGCCACCACUCAUUGACAGAGAGCAGCCAGCGCAAGGGCCUCCGGCACUCGUCCCGCAAGAAGGAGUGGAUCAAGAAAGACAACGCCUUUGACCGAAAGGAGGGUGGCAAAGACAGGGACGAGGGCGAAGGGCUGCCCAACGGUAUCCUGCUGGGGCCCUUGUCCAAGUCCGUGGAGCGGAGUCUGGCCGGGGCCUACGGCGCAGACCUACCCUACCCGUGUAAGGAGGAGGUGGAAAAUGGUAAGGAGAACAGUGACGACAGCGGCCAGAGCGAGAGCGAGAGCGGCGGGCAUACUAGUGCCAACUAUGUCUACCGGCAGGAGGGGUUUGAGCCAGUGGCCUACGGCGACAACCUGUACGUCUGUAUCCCCUGUGGCAAAGGCUUCCCCAGCUCCGAGCAGCUCAAUGCCCAUGUGGAGACGCACACUGAGGAAGACCUUUACAUCAAGGAGGAAGGCACGUACGGCGGCAAGGAUGAAGCCGAGGAUUUGUCCAACCCCAACCAGUCCUACGCUGCAGAGUCCCGGCCCUUCAAGUGUUCAGUGUGUGAGAAAAGCUACAAGGAUCCAGCCACACUGCGGCAGCAUGAGAAGACUCACUGGCUGACGCGGCCCUUCCCUUGCAACAUCUGCGGCAAGAUGUUCACGCAGCGGGGCACCAUGACACGGCACAUGCGCAGCCACUUAGGGCUCAAGCCCUUUGCUUGCGAGGAAUGCGGGAUGCGCUUUACCCGGCAGUACCGACUGACAGAGCAUAUGCGUGUCCACUCAGGAGAAAAACCUUACGAAUGUCAACUGUGUGGUGGGAAAUUCACCCAGCAGCGCAAUCUGAUCAGCCACCUGCGAAUGCAUACCUCUCCCACAUAAGCCAAAGACUCCAGAAUGAGCUUCGAGCCCAUCCGCAGUGAUUUACCUUUCUGUAGACUUGCUGCUUAAAAAAAAA